AUGGACCUCAGCUACUUCGGUCUCUUCAUCUACUCGGUCAUCGGUUAUCGUCGCGCGAAGGCAGAGGCCAAACGAGGCCAGUACGCACCGGCGCACAACCCAUUCGGGGGUUCCGUACCUGCUCAGCAAUCAUCUCCGUACAACAGCGCACCCGAAUACCAAAAUACCGCAUACCACUCGCAGACGCAACCUGCUGAGAUGAACAACCAGUAUCUUCCGCCAUACCAGAGCGGUGCUGCGACGGACUACUACCAGCAGCCGGUGAAGCCUGCUCAUAUCGUAUGA